UCCCAGCAUUGAAAGGGCCGUUCCAUUCUCUCCCUGAAAACGACAAAACCGCGUCUUGGCCGAACAGCUCUGUUCAUACGACACGCAAGGAAGCAGCAGAGAGGUAGACGCAGCAGGCUCGUAAAUUCCCCCAGGCAGUCUUUAAGGCCCGUCAGCCGCCGUCAGUCUCCGCCUCACCGUCUUUCCCACCAACCAUCAUGUUCUCGACAAAGCCGCGAAAGCUUACCCUCACGCUCUUUACCUACGUCGCUCUCGUUCUCGCCCUCUCCGCUCUUUCAGAUGCGAAAGGCUACGCUCCAGUCCCUCAGCGUCGUGACCAUGUAGACCUCAAUCGCAUGCUCAAAAAGCGUGCUCCGCCCCCGCUCAUCCCGGUCGUAGGUGCUGGCAGCAACCCCGAUCAGAUUUCGGAUACUGCAACUGGCACUGGGACCACAACGGCUGGCGCUGGAACUGCUACGACGACGGGCACUGGAACCACUUCCCGCGCCACGACUACUAGUUCCGAGACGACCACGUCCGCGACUACCGCGUCUACAAGCAGCUCGACUUCGACUUCGGUCUCGACGAGCUCUUUAACCUCCAGCAGCACCUUGAGCAGCAGCUCCAGCACUUCCUUGAGCAGCUCUAGCUCGAGCACCAGCUCGUCGACGACUUCAUCGUCUUCUACCCAAACUUCGGCCACGACUACGGCAGCCGAUACAAUCGCUUUCACAACCUCCGCUCCCGCGGGUACCACUAUGAAUACCCCCGUUAAUAAGGGAACCCGCACCAGUACCGUAGUCGCCGCCGCAUCCGCUACCGAUUCUGGGACUACUACCCCUUCCGGCAGCGCGUCCAAGGUAACAAAGACGACAAUCACUGUCCUUGCUGUCAUUGCAGCUUGCAUCGGUGGGACUGCCAUCAUUUGGACGGUCAUCCGCAAGUGGAAGUUCAGGCCCUCCGCUGAGUUCGAGGAUCGUAUGCAGCCCAUCGACUGGCAGCCCACUGAGACCACCGAGAACGGUCUUCCGGGUCAUCAUCGCGCCAUGUCAAACGCCUCGCAUGGCUCCUUCCAGUCCGGCGGUCAUGGUGACGAAAGUAACAUGGCCGGCCGUGGAAUGGGCGGAGGGUACGGAGCUACCUCCGACCAUGGUCACGGCAGCAGUCUCCAGCCCAUCCCUGACCACGACUUCACGGCCGUCGUGCCUGGCGGCGGAUAUGCCGAUCUUGCUCGUGGCCCCAGCCCUCAGCCCCCCAUGCAAGAAUUAGCUCGCGGUCCUAGUCUGACCAGGGGUAAUUACGACUACGGUGUCCCCAUUCACCACCAGGGCGGCUAUCAGGAUGCCUACGACUACAAUGGCGCUGGUGCCGGUCCCAGGUAUUAAGUGGGACGCGAUGAGGUUAUACGAUAUGGCGACGCAGUAAUUUGACGCGCAUCCACUUUCGUCUUGUUCGCUCGUUGGGAGGUUUGAUGUUGGCUCUUGGAGAACCUGAUGGGUCUACGUUCUUUACCACCGACAGUGUUCGUUUCUUGUUUAUUCUUACGUAUCUAUCAUUUACAUCCCCUGACGCUGGACGCUUGUCACUAUCUCAGCCUUCUCCUGGUGUCAUUGUGUAUGUGCUUAGACGAUUGUCGAUUGUCCAUGCAAUAUACCCGUGACCUUACUACCUGUAGUUCGUUUGCCGGUUAAUAUGAACUAUAUGUUACACAUGUGCUACACUUAGACUGUAUCAUUAUCUUCCGCCUCUUGGUUCUCUGCCAUGGUCCUCCA